CAACUCUGUCAAUCCGACAUUAUAGCUACUUAUAUUGAAAACCCAUCCAAUGAACAUCCUUGAAUCUUCCACUCAUGGUGGCUGCCAAGCGGUGAUCAACGAGAUUGAACACCAAAGGGCUCUCAUGAUGGACCUACAUGACCUUAUCUUACCAAUACUUGAUCCCUAUAGUGGGCAGGAGAAGCUUGUUCAGCAACUCUUUCAGGACAUAUUCAGUUGCUCAAGUAAGGUUAUCUCUUUUCUAGAACUUGGUGAUAAUAAUAGUGGGAAACAGGCCAAUCUUAUCAAAUAUAAGAGAAAAGGCAGUAAGAAUAACAUGGAGGGUUACAUAUUGGAGGAGGAACCCAAGGAAGUUGGAAAUAAGAGAAGGAAGAAUGCACAGCACAUAGGUUCAGUCGUGACACAAGCACCAUACUUUGAUGGAUAUCAAUGGAGGAAGUAUGGACAGAAGUGGAUCUCCAAAGCAAAGCAUUUUAGGAGCUACUAUAGAUGUGCCAAUAGUAAAGGGCAAGGGUGUCUUGCAACCAAGACAGUGCAACAGAAGGAAACCGAUGGAAGUGGAAAGGUGAGGCUGUUCAAUGUUGACUAUUAUGGCCAGCACAUUUGCAAGAAGGAUGGCAUAAUUCAUCCAUAUGUUGUUGAGACAACAAGUCAUAGCGUACCAAUUGUCCAUGAUAACCAAAGCAGUAUCUCAACUUUUGUUAAUAACGAUGUCCAUGGAAUUCAGGAUGAAAGCUAUGAAAAUUUAUUUGUGGUGCCUGAUAUGCCAGAAUAUUUUACAGAUUUCACAGAUAUUGAAAUGGCAAGGGCACUUGAGAUUACCUCUAUGAACUUGCCGCUGAUCUCUGAAGAUAUAUGGGCAUAAAGAAGUGAGAAACGAAGUCCUUUGAUUUCACAGAUAUGAAAAUCAGCUGGCAUGGCAUCAUGAGUUCUGAAAGAAAAGGACAUGUAUGCUACCAAUAAGUCUAAAAAGGGACAUGUGCAUUGUGUCCGACCGUCCAUCA